UGCAAGGGGGGCUCAUUUUGGUCAGAAUAUAGGAUAGUGAAUACUGUUAGAGUAUAUAUAGCUUAUUUCUGCUCUUCAGACCCUUUGUUCACCUGUUAGCCCGCGCGGGGCAGUAUCAUGAUCUCAAAGUAUAGAGCUCCGUAUGGAAGUAACGCCCUAUCGGUGCUAUCAGAAAAUGGAAUGUUCGGAAGGGCAACAGCCAAUCAGAAUGUGCCUUUCCUUGCGACGAACGGGAGAUUUGCCGCUCCGCUAAAAAUCAUGCGGACGAUGGGGAGCCAUGAUGAAAAACGUCAACCGAACAAUUGCCCGACCUGCCAUAGCCUACGGAAGUACCCAAACCUUCGUUAUGAAUUUUGACUAGACUGUCCUGCACUCCCUCUCCCCUCCACCCUCCCGAUACGUGGCACGCUGUCACCAUGAGCCAAGAGUACUUUUCGCCAAAGGGCAAGGGUGUCCGGCGGCCCAACGACAAUGCCACUUCCGAUGCCGAUGCCCAUCAUGAGCCGAGUGACGCCGACUCAAAUUACGACCGCCCCCCGCGCGCUUCGACCGCGCCCUCGUACAUGACUGUAGGAAACGGUUCUUCGGCAAACGCUGCACGACUUCAAGCCAUGCUGGAACAAGACUCUGGAUACGGCGGCAGCAUCGCCGGUGACGACGUCAACUCGUCGCUUUUCAACCCGGCGUCUUCGGGCUGGGACAAUGUGAUUCACGAAGACCGACCAAUGCGUGGCAGCCAUAGCAACGAAGCCGACCGCUCCGCUCAGGCCAGCGCCGUCCAUCAGCUUUGGUACAAUCAGCACCGAAACACCCUCGGCCGGGCCAUCAGCACCGUCAUCGAGCUCUUGAGCGACCUGCAACGCUUCAACGAAACAUGGCCUGCCCACUACCCCUCAGUCCAGCGGGCUGCCCUCGAUUCCCCCUCCCACCCGUCAUUGAGACCCGGUUUUCACCAGGCAUACUCGACCGCGGGUGAUCUGGCAAAUGGACCGCAGUUCAACGCCGCUCAGCCGCCCCUCCGGCGAGCUAUGACCUCCGUCGAGGACGCCGCCGCCGCCGCCGAGUCCAGCCGAGCCGCCGAGACCAGAACCGUCGCCGAGCCCCGUCUUGUGUCGCCUCAGAUAGCCCAGGAAUUUUCCGUCUUGAAGUUGGAUUUGAAGCUUGGUUCCCUCCACCAGACGGAACUGGUACACUCGCUGGAGAAGAGCUCGGUUGCUGCGUUGCUGGACGGGAAGAUUCAGUCCAGUAUCAGACAUCUACAGGCUCUUCGGGAGCGUAUCGAGGACACCUCCAGCAAGGUCUUGGUCACGGGUGAUUUGAACGCUGGCAAAUCGACAUUCUGCAACGCCCUUUUGCGACGAAAGGUUCUCCCCGAAGAUCAGCAGCCAUGCACGAGCAUUUUCUGCGAGGUAUUGGAUGCGAGGGAAAACUGCGGCAUUGAGGAGGUUCACGCUGUACACAGGGAUGCUGUUUACAACCGUCACGACGAGGCUACCUACGAUGUGUAUCCUCUGAAGGACCUCGAGAGAAUUGUGAUCGACAACACCGUGUACAUGCAGUGCAAGGUCUAUGUCAAGGACGCCAGGUCGAUCGAUGAAUCUUUGCUGAAUAACGGUGUGGUUGACAUCGCCCUUAUCGACGCCCCCGGUCUCAAUAUGGAUACCACCAAGACUACAGCUAUUUUUGCACGACAGGAGGAGAUUGAUGUUGUGGUGUUUGUGGUCUCGGCCAUGAACCACUUCACCCAAACGGGUACCGAGUUCAUUCGAGCGGCCGCCGCUGAGAAGGCCUAUUUGUUCGUCGUGGUCAACCAUUUCGACAAUAUCAGGGACAAGGACCGGUGCCAGAAGCAAAUUCUCACCCAAAUCCGCGGUCUCAGCCCCGCGACAUACAAGGAAGCCGGUGAGCUCGUGCACUUCGUCUCCAGUUCCGCCAUCCCAGUAGCACCAAACCCCCCUGGAGGCCCCGGCGGCGGUGGUGGUUCAGGAAGCUCCAGCGGCGGCGGGUUCGGCGAUGACCCGGGUGAUAAUGACCCCAAGGGCAAGGGCAAAGACAAGGAGAUGGCCAGAGACUUUUCUGCCCUCGAGCAGUCUUUGCGUAGAUUUGUGCUGGAGAAGCGCGCUCGCUCCAAGUUGGCUCCUGCCAAGACAUAUCUCACCAACAUUUUGAACGACGUCAACGUUCUCGCUACUGUCAACACCGAAGUUGCCCAGGCGGAAUACGACCGUGUGAACUCGGAGCUGCAGGCCCUGGAGCCCCAGCUUGAGGCUGGCAAGAGGGCCAGGGCAGAGAUCAGCGAGCAGGUUGAGCGGACCAUCGAGGACACUUGCCAGGAGGUCUACGACUACUCUCGCACGACCAUCAACUCGGCCAUCAACCACGCCGGCGAUGAUAACCUGGGAAUUGAGUACCCCGGUCUCUUCAGCGCCUUCCAGUAUGCCGAUGAUCUCAAGGCUGCCAUGCUUUCCCACAUUGCCGCCUCGGUCGUCCACUGCGAGGAGAACGCCAGAAAGAAGACGGUUGCUGGUGUCGAGUCGAUCAAGAAACUGGGUAUCAAGCAUCUGGGGGAUGAGUACCAGAACCUCAACUUCAAGUCGGAGGUCAUGUUCCAGGGCCGGAAGGAUGCUUUGGCUCGUCAGGUGGACAUUUCUACCGAGUUUGCGGACUUUGUCGACUUUUCGACGCUGAUGCAGAGGGAGGAGAAGGCCGGCAUGGCGCUCACGGUGGCGGGUGUGGUUGGUACAACUGUUAUCAGUGGGUACAGCCAGGUGAACCUCGCUUUUAGAGCGGCUCAGAUUUUGGGAAGUGAGAACUUGAGGAAGUUGAUUAUUCCGGGUGUUAUUGCUGGUGCUGCUGCUCUGGCGUUUUAUGUCCUCUCUCAGAUCCCUCACUCCCUUCCUGCCCGCCUCAGCCAAAAGAUUGCCACGCAGCUUGAGGCGAUGGAUUAUGUUCAUCAGAACAGCAGCCGGAUUUCGGGGAAGGUGAGGAAGGUGUUGCUCAUUCCGGCGAAUAACCUCAGGGUUGGGCUGCAAAAGUCGGUGGAGCAAUUGGGCGCGAGGAGGGAUGAGACGGUCAAGGUGAGGAAGGAGAGCAGUGAUGCGUUAAGGUAUUUUGGGAAUCUGGUGCAGAGGAGUGCGCAUCAGAGGCAGGUGGUGGAGGGGGUGGAUUUGGAUGGGCAUCCGCCGGGUAUGGCGGGGCAUCCGGGGUAUUGAGGGGGAGUUGUAUAGUAUGAUUGAUUGUUGCACAUGAUGAAGAUGGGGCGUUAUUUGGCUUGGGGGGCUGGAGGAAAAGGGGAGGGUUGGAAAAUUGGAGAGGUCCUGAGAUGCAUACGUGAAAACAGCGAACUGAUGGGAGGAGAGAAGGGGGGUGAGGGGGGUAUGAGUUAUAUCACAAGAACCUGAGUUAUUUUUCUACGCUCUCUUUUUUUUUUUUUUUUUUUUUUUUUUUUUUGUGGAUGAGGAUCUCCUAGAUGAUGGCUUUCUUUUGUUGAGUGCGUGUGAUGAUUUGUGGAUCGGGGGAGAGAAAAAUGUCGAGGUUGUGUAGGCAGGCAGGCAGGCAGGCAAAUAGGUAGAACAAAACAAUCAAAUAAGGCCCUCUCCAAUUCGAUAUUCUCCAGUUU